AUGAUUAGGAAUAAUUUAACAAAAUCGAUAUGGAAGUAGGUAGUCAGACCUUAUUGCUUUGGUCAAAGUUUGCAUAAACAUAACUUAUAUCAAUUUUCAUAAGUACCUCCUAUGAAUAAUAGCGGCAUAGUUAAUCCUAAUAUGGAUUUAAAUUAGAAAAUUGAAGCACUGGAAAAGUCAUAGCCAUUUUUUGAUAGAAUCAUGUUUUUCGAUCCUGAUAUUAUGGCUAAUCUACCUGGUCCCUUGCAAAAAUUUGAUCCAAUAGUUGAGGCAGGAAAGGAUAUGCUCGUGUACUUUCAUGACUUAGGAUUGCCAUGGUGGAGUGUUAUUUCGGUUGCCUGUUUUUUACUGAGAAGCUCUAUAAUGCCUUUAAUUUAUGUGCAAUUUAAAAGGACAAGCAAAUUAGCAUCUAUUGCACCAGUGCUCAUCCAAGUGAAAAAGUUAGCUGAUCAAUGUUAAGUUUCAAGAUCAAAGAGAAUUUAAUUGAUUGCUACUGCUUGGUUUUAAAUUAUUAGAUAACAAAAAUUAAAGAUGUUCAGACUAUUUGUUUACAAUUUGGUCAAUAUUCCUAUCAUUAUUACUAUGGUUUGGAGCAUAAGAAGAACCAUGAUUGAAGAAUCUGUCAAGAAUACUUCUUUCCUUUGGAUUCCUAGUUUUGUCCAAGUUGAUCCUUAUUUUAUACUUCCAGUCUUAGCUAUAGCAGGUUAUUACUGGAAUCUUCAGAGAUUUAUUACACCAGAAAAUAAACACACUUUGAUUUCAAAGAUAAGAGGAAUAGGAUAAAUAUUAUUGAUCCUUUGGCUUCCACUUCUAUCUAAUUGGCCUGCUUUGAUCUAAUGGUAUAUCUUCAACAAUGCUCUUUACAGUCUAAUUUAAACUACUCUGAUUACCCAUCCUAAUUUCAUUAGAUUUGUUGAACCUAAAAUGCUUUUGUAUCAAUUCAUUUUGAAGACUGUCGAAUAUGAUAAGAUAUAAUCAGAAACUUUAGUUGAAUCUAUAAAAUCGGGGGAAGAUUCCUACAAAGAUAAAUCAAUUUCAGAAGAGGUUUUGGUUGCAUAGAUGGAAGAAAUGUUAAGAAAAUUAAAUGCUGAAAACAUCGAUGAAACUAUGGAUGAUGUACGUGAAUACACAGAAAAUGAUCUUAAAUUCUGA